UCAAAGUCAGUAUUCAAUGAAAAUUCCAGUUCUAUUCACUACCGCUAAAGUUAAAAGUAAAAUAUAAACAAUUCUUGUAACAUUUCUAAUGCAACUAUAAUAUAUUACGAAAACAAACAUUAAUAUAGACUUAUAUGUAUGCACUUUAUGUUACAAACCCUGUGAUGAGAUAGGCAUGAAAAAAAUCGUUAAACCUUAUCGACAUGUAAACAGUAGUACGACGGUGAACUAUUUACAGAAAUGAUAAGACAGUCAUUAAAAUUCCGAAAAACUCUUACAAUUAUAUGUAUUGUAGCUUUAUUGAUCUUUAUAUUUCUUAUACUUAAGCAAGACAAAGUUUACGACAUUCAAAUUGCGAAGGAGGAUCAGAAAUCAGAUGAUGUGCAGGGUUUGAGCUAUAGAGACUUUAAUCGGCAACCAAAGAAAGAUAUACCUAAAGAGGAAAGUAUUAGAAAAAUGGAAACAAAAAUUGUAGGUGAUAAUACAAAACAGGAAUUGCAAGAGGCUAAAGCCAGAAUAGAACAAUUGGAAAAGAAGUUAGCUGUUUUAGAAGGCAGAAUACCACAAAAUUAUCCAGAAGUUAAAUAUCUUGGAUAUAAACACAGAAAAAGGAUUUUGGUAACAGGAGGUGCAGGUUUUGUAGGCUCACAUUUAGUUGAUGUUCUAAUGAUGCGUGGACAUGAAGUUAUUGUAGUUGAUAAUUUUUUCACGGGACGGAAGAGGAAUGUUGAACAUUGGUUCGGACAUAGGAACUUUGAGUUGAUCCACCAUGACAUUGUUAACCCACUAUAUGUUGAGGCAGACGAAAUAUACCAUUUAGCUAGUCCAGCUAGCCCGCCCCAUUACAUGCAGAAUCCAGUCAAAACGAUAAAGACAAAUACACUAGGAACAAUUAAUAUGCUAGGGUUAGCACGCCGUGUCGGAGCUAAAAUUCUUAUAGCAAGUACUUCUGAGGUGUAUGGUGACCCCAUGGUCCACCCACAGCCGGAGUCUUAUUGGGGUCAUGUCAAUCCGAUAGGCCCGAGAGCAUGUUACGAUGAAGGUAAAAGAGUGGCUGAGACUCUUGCUUACUCUUACGCAAAGCAAGAGAAGGUGGUAGUAAGAGUGGCGAGAAUUUUUAACACAUACGGACCGAGAAUGCAUGUAUCAGAUGGACGAGUCGUUUCCAAUUUUAUUAUGCAGGCUCUGCAAAAUUUAACAAUUACGGUCUAUGGAAACGGAAAACAGACCCGAUCAUUCUGUUAUGUUUCGGACUUGGUCGAUGGUCUGCUGGCAUUGAUGGAGUCGACAUAUACUCUGCCCGUUAACAUAGGAAAUCCAGUUGAACAUACUAUUGAAGAAUUUGCAGUAAUAAUAAAAGAUCUAGUCCCCGGAUGUAGGAGUACAGUGGCAACUGGUGCGGCUGUAGAAGACGACCCUCAACGGCGAAGACCGGAUAUUGCCAUCGCUGAGAAACAUUUACAUUGGUCUCCUAAGAUAUCAUUACAAGAAGGAUUACAACGGACCAUAGAUUAUUUUAAAGAGGAACUGUCAAGAACCACAUUUUACAAUAACCAAACUUAUAUGGAUGCCAAUGUUAAACUGUUGCACUAGUUUAGAGAAUUGUGAUACUAGGAUUUAGUUGUGUGAGCUUCGAAAUAUUCUAUUAGCAUUUUUGAUAAUUUGACUGAAUAUCGAUUUGAAGUUUUGGCAUACUUCAACAUGACAUUGACAGCUCUGUAAAGUAGAUAUGGAUUAGCUAUUGACAACUCUUAAGUGUAUUUUACUGACAGUUAGUGACUUCAAUCUAUUGUUGAUGUAGCAUUCUCGCUACAGAAUAAAAAAAUAUUUUUGA